AUGCUUCAGACAAGCGCCGCUGGAAGGGGUUCGACCUUGUCAUUAGGUCCCUCGCCUGAAACCAUCGUUCAGGCAUAUUCUAUACCAGCUACCUAUCGAUACAGAUACAAUGGCUUUGAAUCUCUGAGGGAUAUCUUCGCCCGCAUAUGGGCUGAUCUUCCUAAUAAUCGACUGCGCUACAUUGCGAUCAUAGGAUUCAACUCCGAAAACUUGCUGGAGCUGGAAAGAAGAGGCCUCAGGGAUAGCUUGCCGAAGUUCACGGCCCUUGUGGAUGACAACAGUGAGACAAUGAUUGUAAAGUUCAUGCCAGGAGUGCUUCACGACAGAAUAUCCCGGACUCUUUUUUACAACAUCCUUUCCCGUAUUGAGAGACUUGGCAUGAGGCGCCAGAUAGUGAUGUCUGGAAGUGGCAGAAUGAGCUUUCCGAACGGUCUACACAAGGAGCCCGAUGAGCAAAUAAAACCGGCCUCCAGAAACAAUCUGCAUGACUAUCCAACUUUUGUCAUUGAAGUUGGGGUAUCGGAAACCAUUCGCCAACUUCGUCAAGACGCUCGUUUGUGGCUUGUCAAUACAAACGGUCGUACCAAGAUUGUUCUUCUAAUCUCAGUCGAUGUCCAUCGAAAAAUUCUCCGAUUCGAAAGAUGGCAAGAUUCACCAGCCAAUGUCCAACAGCUGGAGUACCAUCAUAACGGGACCCACUUGACUGGUGCACCUCUCGUUAACCCUGCCGAUUUACUCUUUGAUUCGGUACCUCCUAAUCUGCCCGCUGGAGAGAUCUCUAUCGACCACCAGAGUUUGUUGGAGUUUGGUGCUGCUGUGUUUUUUGACAGCUGA